CGCUUCAAUCAGUUACGGUUUGGCGUUAAGAGCGAACGAAAGCUGCGCUGCGCUGAUUUCUAUUGUAUAGAGUGAAUCGAACGAAUUUCGCAUAAGUGCCUGCGUACUGAUUAUUUAUCCACUUCUAAAAUGUAUGACUCAUACGAUAGUUUGCAAGAAGUGGCAAUUGUUACUAGUGCCGGUGGUGCUAUUGCAGCGCAAAUUGCAGUGUUUCUCGCUAAUAAAGGAAUGACCGUUGUAGGAUUAACGCAACAGCCCGAAGUAGUAGAAGCAUUGAAUGAGCAAAUAGAAGGUCAUGGGAAAAUAGUCCCUCGCGUAUGUGAUGUAACCAGCGAGGAAAGCCUAAUGGUUACUUUUAACUAUAUACGGAAUAUCUUUCCGCAAGUUACAGUUUUCGUAUGCAAUUCUGACAUAAUGAGCGUAAAUUUUCUAUCAGAAUCGAGUGGCGCGGAAAUACAAGAAUUAUUCGAUGUUAAUGUCAUAUCUACUUCCUAUUUCAUACGUGAGAGUCUGGCGUUAAUACGCGCAAAGAAAACGAGGGGUCACAUUUUUGUUAUGAACAGCGUCCUUGGUCACCAUAUACCGAGCGCGCCUGUGCCGUUGUACAACGUUUACCCAGCAACGAAGUUCGCUAUGAAAGCGCUAUGCGAAGCAACGCGCCGGGAAAUUAAACAUUUGAAGUUAAAUGUUAAACUAACGAGUAUCAGUCCUGGAAUGGUAGAUAAGGAGUUAUUUAGUGUUUACAAUGGCGCUAUUGCUGUCCUGCCAAUGCUUAAAGCCUCAGAUAUCGCGAAAGCGAUCAUUUUUGCAUUAGACACACCAGAUUAUGUGCAGGUGGAAGAAAUCAUUCUGCAAGCUAUGAAGUACUAAGACGCACAAAAUCAUGAUGUUCAUUAGAUCAAGUGGUAGUGAAGCGUUCCCUUGAGUGUCAUCAGCAUAAUUACGUACAUACAUACAUAACACUUUUUAACAAAAUAAUAUAUCCAAUUAAUGAGAAUUUUUUGAGAAUAAAAACGAACUUCCCAAUGUUA